AUGCAACUCAUCCAAACUUUGGCAGACAUCCCGGUACACAAUUAUAGUGUACUAGCAAUUGACAUUUUUGGUGUUCUCCAUGACGGCAUUCAACCCUAUUAUUAUGCAAAAGAGACACUCGAGGGACUUUCCCGCGACGGCAUAAAAACUAUAUUAUUAUCCAACUCUACGCGUCUAGGCAAUGUCCUUAGUGUAGACUUGCAAAGAAAAUUUGACAUUAGGCCUGAUUCUUAUGAAUCAAUCUUGUCAAGCGGUCAAAUCACCAAAUUGUUUCUCACGGAUUGUGCGCAAUAUCUCAAAUCAGCUCAAUCAAACCAGCCCGAAUCGUGUAUUGCUACGAUAGUAAAAGGAAACAACCCGGGUGAGCGUCUUGGGCCAGUUGAAUUCGUACAAAAGUAUCUAAAGACAGGAGAAUUUUAUUUGAUCGGUUUGCCUUCAUGGCAAGAACCAAUUUAUGGUCCUUUAUUCCCCACCAUAAAACCAACUGAUGAUUGGGAUGCCAUGGAGUUCGUGUUAUUGGGAAAGGUCUCACCUUUACAAGAACACCAGGAUUUGAAUUACUUUGACGAAAAAAGCAUCCGGGAACACUAUGGACCUUUUUUAGAAAAGUGCUUAAGCCGAUCUCUUCCAAUCUUAUGUGCAAAUCCUGACAUAUGGGCACCCAACGGAUUUCAUGAAGAUGGAAGCCACCGAUUGAUCUGUUGUCCUGGGUACAUAGCUGAGAUGUAUAAAGAAAUGGGUGGAGAGGUGCUCUACUUUGGAAAGCCGUACGAGAGUAUCUAUCGGUUCUUAUUGGAGAACGUGGCCAAAGAAAAAUCAUCUGAACCUGGUAGGGUCCUUUGCAUUGGUGAUAAUGUAGCAACCGAUGUACUGGGCGCAAAGGAAGCUGAACUUGAUGUUGUGAUGAUAUUGGGAGGUAUCCAUGCACAGGAGAUAUCUGAAAUCAAAGGAGAUGCUUUGAUAAAUAAAGUAAAAGAGCUGUGCAAAGAGAAUGGGAGCCAAGAACCAACAUAUAUUAUGCCUCUUCUGAAAUAUUAG